UUCUCUACCAUUAUCUCUCAAUUCUCAACCAAAAUACAAAUCCCUUGUCUUCUCUAGAAAUACCUCCUCAUUUUUCCCCCUUUUCUUCUUCUUCUCAACAUUCGAAGAAUAUACCAAAAAAAAAGGGGAGAAAAUGGAUCAAAGUUUGGAAGUGAUAUCAAAGAAAAUAUGCAACAUGGUACGCAUAGCUUAUUACAUGCUAAGGAAAGGUAUUUUCAAAAGCAAGCUUAUGGUUGAUCUCACAAAUCUCAUCUCUAAACGCCGCAAGCUCACAGGAAAAGCUCUAAAGAAUCUCAUGUUCCACCACCACGACGGCGUCUCUGGUCUUGCCUUCUCCCUUGCCCCUUUCCGCCGCAACCACAACCUCGAUCUCGCCGCCGCUGCCAGUCACUACGAAUUUAGCUGCACCAACACCCCUGCUUUUCCUAGUUUUCAUUACACCUUCAACAAACGACGCCAUUUCUUCGCAUGUGCUCACGCGCCUAAUACACUGGACGAUGACGUGGCUGCCAUGAACGCUUUCAAGGCUGUUUGGGAGGCUCUUAACAAUAAUAAUGACGUGGCUGCUGAAGUGGCUUCCCCGGCAUUACCUGGGUUUGGUCGGAGUCCGAUGGUUGUUCGGCAGCUGAGAGUCACUGACUCCCCGUUUCCAGUGGCCGGAGGUGGCGAUGAGGACUGCCAUGUGGAUAAAGCGGCAGAGGAAUUUAUAAAUCGGUUUUACAAGGAAUUGCGGUUGCAGAAGACAGCGGAGUAAAAAGGAUUUUUUCAAAACAAAAAAAAUCAAUUGUCGACUGGCUGGCGGCCACCUUGCCUCCGAUGGGUUGAAAAUUGACGAUGUUAAAUUUUGUCUAAUAUUUGUGUUUUUUUCUUAAACAAUAUUAAGAACAUGUAAUAUUUGUGUUAAUAUUAUAAUAAGAGAAAUUUCCCUUAAUUUUUAGUA